GCUUCGUCUUGUGAACACACUCUACAGGACAUUCAACAUGUUCAAGGUUCUUGCCCUGAUUGCCUGUCUGGCUAUCGUUGCCUCGGCUCAGUACCAUGGUGAUCACUACGAGCACAAGGAACACUACGCACACCCGAAGUACAAGUUCGAGUAUGGAGUGAAGGACCCACACACCGGUGACCACAAGACCCAGUGGGAAGUGCGUGAUGGCGAUGUCGUCAAGGGAGCGUACACCCUGCACGAGGCCGAUGGAACCGAGCGUGUGGUCGAGUACAAGUCGGACGGUCACAACGGAUUCGAGGCCAACGUGAAGAACGUAGGACAUGCUCAUCACCCGCAGGUGUAUGGUGGACACUCGUCACAUGGACAUCAUGAGUAUGCGCACGGACCAGGAGCCAGCUACACCAAUGUGGACAAGCACUACUAGAGCCAAAGCAUUUAUGAUCGAUGAUGAGCUUGCUGGAUUUAAAAUGUUGUUGUGCAGGAGAAUAAACUGUUGUUGAA